CUCCUAGAUUCUGAUUAAACAUUGAGAAAAGUCACAAUCACAAACGUCGUCGGUAAAUUGGAAGCAUUUCGACAAAAAAUUCAAAUUUAAAUUUAAGCGCUGUGCCUCUUUUCGAUUGACGAUAUCUUAUGGUGUGACUUAUGGUAGAAAUUUUAGUCCAGUAAUGACUGCAAUCAUAGGGGCAGGCAUCAGUGGCUUAUCAGCCGGUUAUUACGCGUUGAAAAAAGGUCUUUUAUCACCUGUCGUGAUUUACGAAACCACUAAUCGCAUUGGCGGCUGGAUACGUACCGAGCGGUUUGACGCUGAUGGCUACGUGUUUGAAUUCGGUCCCCGAACAAUUCGACCUAAAGGUACUGCAACCGGCAAUACACUAGAACUAAUUGAUGAAUUGGGUCUUGCCGAGCACAUGUACCCAAUUUAUUCUAACCACGCGGCGGCUAGAAAUCGCAUGAUAUAUGCUAAAGGGAAGCUGAACAUGCUACCGUCCGAUUUAUCUGGAAUACUGCGAACGGUUGACCCAUUUACAAAGCCGCUAUUUUUGGCAGGCUUCAAAGAUUUGUUUAGUGGACGUCCCAAAAAGUUUCUGGAUGAUGAUUCGAUGUACAACUUCGUUGAAAGACGUUUCGGGCAGGAGAUUGCAGAUUAUGCAGUAAGUGCGAUGAUUUGCGGUAUCUGCGCGGGAGAUGCGAAGCAAAUCAGUGUUAAUUUUCUUAUGAAGAGUUUGUUUGAAAUGGAACAAAAACAUGGAGGUGUUAUUAAAGGUUUAUUGUUGGAGGCAAUUGGUAAACGAAAUCAAGAAAAAUCUCCACAAACACCUGCUACAGGAUUGGUCAAAAAAGCCAAAUCAGAAAAUUGGAGCAUUUAUUCUAUUUGUGGAGGUUUACAAACUUUGCCAGAUAUAAUCGGAGAAGUUUUGAAAGAAAAUCAAGUCAAUAUUUGUACGGGUGCCAAAUGCGAAGAGAUAAUAUUUGACAACAAUAAAGCGACGCUGACGGUGAAUGGGCAGUCACAUACGGUGGAUCAAUUGAUCAGCAGCAUACCAAGUUACGAACUCGCUAAGCUAGUGUCUAAACAACAUCCAACACUAUCAAAUCUACUUGCUGCAGUACCUUAUGUUGAUGUAGCUGUGGUUAAUAUUCGGUACAAAAUCCCGAACUUACAAAAGCACAAUGCAUUUGGUUUCUUGGUUCCACCGAAAGAAAAUUUACCAAUUCUUGGAGUAAUUUUUGAUAGUUGCUGUUUCAACAUGGAAAAUAACACUGUUCUGACGGUGAUGAUGGGAGGGGCAUGGUUUUGCAAAUGGUUUGGUUCUGAUCCUAGCGAAGAAAAACUUCUGACUACAGCUUUGAAAUAUGUAGAGAACAUUCUGGACAUUCAUGAGCAACCUGACUCAUGCAAAGUGAACCACUUGAGAAAGUGCAUUCCACAAUACAUUAUAGGACAUCAAAAAAGAAUCGAAGCGAUCAAACAUUACAUUCAAGCACACAAACUGCCUUUGGGUAUAUGUGGGGCUUCUUACGACGGCGUCGGAGUCAAUGAUGUGAUACUUUCUGCUAGGGUGUGCGUUGAUGAUUUAUCGAAACGUUGUAAAUAA